GAAGGUGAGGGCAAAUUUCGUAAGCAUAGGAUCGUUUGGCAACAACAGAUGGCCCCCACUGCUUCGCCAUUGUCUUAGAGCCUCACGUCUCCGCCAUUUCCCUUUUCCCCUUUUUUCUUCUUUAUCUUCAACCUCGAGAAGCGUUUCUGAAUUCGCAUGGAAGUCAUUACCUCUUUCUCUUCUUGUAAAUUCCACGCUAAACUUCCCCGUUUCUCCACUUCUUUCUUCUCCGACCACCUCGCUUCCACCACACGCUCUAGUUUCUACCCCGCACGCUUCAAUUACAGACGCUUACCCUUUAAAAUGGCUGCUCCUCUUCAAGUUUCUGCAUCCUCCACCAUUGGUGCCUCCGACGAGAAAUUGGAGACUUCCUCGUCAGGUUUCACUGGUGCACAUGAUUUGCUUAUAAUUGGACCUGGCGUUCUUGGCCGCCUAGUGGCGCAAAAGUGGCGGGAGGAACAUCCGGGAUGUGAAGUUCAUGGGCAGACUUUUACAGCGGAUCAUCAUGAGGAGUUGAUACAAUUAGGGAUUCAACCCUCUUUGAAGGGAGGUGAUGUGGGUCGUCGUUUUCCUUACGUCAUUUUCUGUGCUCCUCCCUCCCGAUCGCCGGACUAUCCUGGCGAUGUCAGAUUGGCUGGAUCAAGUUGGGAUGGAGAGGGCACCUUUCUUUUCACUUCAAGCUCUGCACCAUAUGAUUGCAAUGACAAUGGACCAUGUGAUGAGGACAGUCCAGUCAUGCCUAUUGGGAGGAGCCCUAGGACAGACCUUCUCUUAAAAUCAGAAAAGAUAGUAAUUGAGUUUGGUGGUUGUGUACUUCGAUUGGCUGGACUCUACAAAGCGGAUAGAGGGGCGCAUUCAUAUUGGUUAGAGAAGGGGACAGUUGAUGUUCGUCCUGAUCACAUCCUGAAUCUUAUUCAUUAUGAGGAUGCUGCUUCCCUCUCAGUGGCUAUUCUAAAGAAAAAACUUCGUGGACGGAUUUUCUUAGGUUGUGAUAAUCAUCCUUUCUCCAGGCAAGAAAUCAUGGACUUGAUGAUGAAGAGUGGGAAAUUCAGUAAAAAGUUCCAAGGCUUUACUGGAACCAAGGAUCCACUAGGAAAGAGAUUGAACAACUCGAAAACUCGAGCAGAAAUAGGCUGGGAGCCAAAGUACCCAAGUUUCGGUCAGUUCCUUGAAACCAUUUAACCAAAUGCUGCUUGUGCCUUGAUUGACAUAUAUAUAUGAACUAAAAGACUAGCUUAAGAAUUCGGUAGAGGAAGACAACACAUGUAGCCUUGAGUUUCUAGAUCUUCUCGAACUCUACAACUUAAGUUUUGGAGUGGCGAGUGUGAUGGUUAUACUCGGAAAUAUGAGUUGAUUUUAAAGUUUCUGACGACUGUAUUUAGAACAUUUGUAGUGAGUAUUUGUAAAGAGAAUCAAUCAUUGAAUGACAUACAUUCUGAUGGAUAGAGCUCAAAUUGAAGGUGUUUUGUUAUGGUACACUUCUACUUCUUCCA